CUUACAGGUAUGUAUUUUGAUAUGAUUUCGAUAAGAAAAUGAUAAUUGUCAAAUUUUGGUCCAAACAGAAAAAAAGUUUUGUUUUUAAGUGGUUGCUUUUCCAGAAAAUCCACAAAAAUGUAUACUAUUCAUCCUGAGACUCCGAUGCCCCCAUCUACGAUAAGUGUGCUUGAUGGCAGCUUUCAUAAAAAUCAAAAGAAUGUGUACUUAGAUGGGGCGAUGCCCCUCUAUAAAAUCAGAGGUGACAACCCUAUUAUGAAAGUGGCUCCUGCGCCUCCACCGAAGUUUACGAACGGCAAUCGUCCAGAAAUUAUGGAAGCCUUCGAUGAAAAUGGUCAGAUCAGAAGUAAGAUCUAUGAAGCUUUAAAGCCGAUGUUUCUCACAUUACGAACCUUGGGAAUCUUCCCAAUAACCAGUGAUGGGACGACUUUUAGCACCACUUCUCAAUGGAUUGGUUAUUCUUUGGCACUGUUGUUUGCUGUUCUGGGUUACACGGGUUAUCUGAAAUGGCAAAAAAACUUAACACCGAAAAGUGUUGAAGGGCGUUUCGAGGAGGCGGUAAUUGAUUAUCUUUUUACCGUUUAUCUGAUCCCGAUAGUGAUAAAUCCGAUUACCUUGUACGAGGCUAGAAAGCAGGCCAAUGUGCUAACACAAAUGAUUGCCUUCGAAAAAAUCUAUUCUAGGAUAUCGAAGAAAAGAUUGAAUUUGAAUUUGGGCGCAAAACCUUUAAUUAUCACUAUAAUGCUAUUAGUUCUUGGAUGUGGAACUAUGAUUACUACACAUCUUACUAUGUCUACUUUUAUUAUUUAUCAGGUAAUCCCUUACUGCUACAUAAACGUGAUAACCUAUAUGAUGGGUGGCGCAUGGUACGUCUACUGUGAAAUAAUAGCUACCAUAGCUACAACCUUAGCUGAGGAGUUUCAGUUCGCACUAAAAAAUAUCGGCCCUUCGACUAGAGUAUCGGAUUAUCGCUCUCUAUGGAUGCUGCUGAGCAGAAUAAUCCGAAACGUAGGAAACUCCUUUGGUUACGCUCUCACAUUUCUUUGUCUGUACCUAUUUUUCGUGAUCACUCUCACGAUUUACGGGCUGUUGUCGCAGAUACAGGAAGGGAUGGGAAUUAAGGAUAUAGGGUUGUUCAUCACAGGGUUUUCUGCAGUAAUUAUGUUAUUUUUCAUAUGUGAUAAGGCGCAUUAUGCUUCGGCGUGUGUUAGGACGUAUUUUCAAAAGAAAAUUUUGCUUGUGGAGUUGUCUUGGAUGAACGAGGACGCACAACAAGAAAUAAACAUGUUCUUAAGGGCAACUGAAAUGAACCCCGUCGAUAUGUGUCUUUGUGGAUUUUUUGAUGUAAAUAGGAAUUUAUUUAAAUCGUUAUUAGCUACAAUGGUUACUUAUUUGGUGGUUCUUCUACAAUUUCAAAUAAGCAUUCCAGAAAAUGAGGAGGAAAGUCCCAAGCACCCUUUAAACUCCACCAUUUAUGCAAAUAUUACUGCGUCUUUUUAAAUUUGUAACUAUUUUUUUGUUGGAAUUUAACUAGGGUGAUAGCCUUCGGGAGACUUGUAUUAAGGAGAGAAAGACAAUUAAAAUUAAAUAGUCAUUAUUGUCGUAUGUAAUAAGUAAUAUAAAACUAUAGGCAUACAAUAAAUUUAAUGUUAAUAUAC